CAUUCUAAAGUUUUCAGCUUAGGACAUACAAAGAGAGAUUUUGCAGAUUUCAAAUUUAUAUAUAUAUAAGAAUAUUAAUAAGUUAUAUUCUGCAGAAUUUUCCGCCACAUAAACAAAUUGUACGGAAUGUACGGCUUAAUAUUACAAAAUAUGGCGGAGUACAUAAAAAAUGUUCACGGAGAAAAAGCUUGGGCAAAGGUUAAAGAGCAAUUACAACUUGAACAGGAUAAUUUUGACGCCAAAGAAGAGUUUAAAGAGAGCUUGAUCGGAAAAAUUGGAAAAUCUGCCAUGAAAAACCUCUCGAUGAAAGAAGAAGAGUUCUAUGAGGGAAUGGGAGCAUAUUUUGUGAAGAUUGCCAAGGACUAUGGAUAUGAACAGACCUUGCUGUUGCUUGGUCGUAGAAUCAGGGACUUUUUCUUGAACUUGGACAAUCUCCAUGAUUAUCUGAAUACACCUUCCCAAAAAUGAAGGCACCAUCUUUCUUUAUUGAAGAUGAGGACCCGACGAAGCUAGUUAUGCAAUAUAGAACUAGAAGAAGAGGAUUUCAUUAUUUUGUCCAAGGACAGGUUAAAGAAAUUGCAAAAAUGCUGUUUCGCAACACUGGACAACUUGAUAACAAGCUAGAAGCUAAACUGCUAAAACAGGAAAUAGUUUUUGACACUGCAGUGUUCCAUUUUGAAUUGACGUUUAAGAAUAAUGGAUAUCAAGAGUAUCUACAGGCAAAAGAAACCAGAUCAAUUUCGUCGAUGCCAAUCAAGGCUAAUAUCCUUUUUGAAAUGUUCCCCUUCUGUAUACUUUUUCAGAAUGAUAUGGUGGUUAAGAAUAUGGGCUCUGCUCUAAGGAAUUGUAUUCCUCAAAUGGUGGGCAGGAAACUGACUGAAUACUUUGAACUCAUUAAACCUUUAAUAGAUUUCAAAUAUGAGGUAAUAGAAUCAAGAAUAAACAGUAUGUUUGAGCUUGCUACCCUUGAUGAAAUUGACAAAUUAAGGUCAGGUGGUGGAACUGAUAGUUCUCAUUCAGCUAUAACUAGUGAACUCUUAAAUCUGGAUGAGACUGAUAAGACUCUUCAUAUCAAGGGACAAAUGGUUUACAUAGAUGCGUGGAAACUAAUGCUCUUCCUUGCCUGUCCCAUUAUGAAAGGACUUGGCAGUUUGAUCUAUACUGGACUUUUUAUCAAUGAGCUAAGUAUGCAUGACUACUCUCGGGACAUAAUGCUUGCAAAUGCCCAAACAGACAUGGAAGAAAACCUGAAGAAGAUGCAAAGCAACCAGGAGGUUGAUGCACACAGGAAAAUUGAGCAGAAAUCCACAACUCUGAAGAACAAGAAUGAUGAGCUUGGAUACAUGUUCCUCCCAACCCCGAUUGCGGUUGAGUUACUUCAAGGAAACGAUCCCUCAACAAUGGUGAAAAAAUGUGAAAAAGUCAGUACAAUGUUGGUUGAAGUAGAUGAUCUUGGUACGAUGGUGAGCCAUGUGAAGAAUCCAAUGGAUGUUGUAAACUUCAUGAACAAUUUGCAGUCCAUAUUUGAUGAUCUUGUAAAGAAACAUAAAUGUUUCAAACAUGAGAAAAGAACUGAGUACAUGGUGGAGACAGGGGCUUCAGCAGAGGUAGAGAACCCAGCUGAGAUAAUGUCUGAUCUAGCUUUAGAUAUAAUGGAAGCUAGUGCACUUGCUUUAAGAGAUCCGUCUAAUCCUAAGAAAGGAGUCAAAAUAAAGAUAACUAUUGGUACUGGGCCAGUGACUUGUACAGUUUCUGGGAGUGUAAUACCAACUUUUAAUGUGUAUGGAGUGCCAGUUCAGCAAACCUCUCUUCUUAUGGAUGAAUGCAAAGGAAAUGAGAUCUUGAUAGAGGACACUACAAAGGCCUUGCUAUCUCCACUCUUUAAGAUUAAGGAAAACAAAUCUAUAGAUGGUAUUGGGCUGUCCUAUUUCAUUCAGGGUAAAGCAGAGAGAAAGUCUUUGAAAUUUUCUGACCUGAAAACAGUUUCCUCAGUAUCAAAGGUGGACAAUGAGGGAGAUUUCAGUCAAUCCACAGAAGCUAAAAGUGAACCAGGAACUGCUGCUGCUAUUCGGAGAGUCUCAGUGAGUCAGCAGCAGUGCUGUGCUGGAACUAUGAAAAGCGGAGUUUGUACAGUUAUCUAGUUAAUAUAGAAAAUAUCUUGUUCUCACUAUACUAAAAUAAAAAAAGGGCAAUCAACAACAACACAGAAAAAUCGGUGCAACUUUGUCCAAAGUAGUAGAUAACUUUCUUGGUCCAAUUUCAAAAGAUUUCUUUAGUUUAGAUAGAGAAAGAAAUAGAAAAUAACACAGAGGCGGCUUAAGGUGGUGAAAAUAAUGUAAGCCACCCUUUAAAUUACAUUCAAUUCUAAGAUAACCCAUUAAGGUGGUGAAAAUAAUGUAAGCCACCCUUUAAAUUACAUUCAAUUCUAAGAUAACCCAUUAAGGUGGUGAAAAUAAUGUAAGCCACCCUUUAAAUUACAUUCAAUUCUAAGAUAACCCAUUAAGAUGGUGAAAAUAAUGUAAGCCACCCUUUAAAUUACAUUCAAUUCUAAGAUAACCCAUUAAGAUGGUGAAAAUAAUGUAAGCCCCCCUUUAAAUUACAUUCAAUUCUAAGAUAACCCAUUAAGGUGGUGAAAAUAAUGUAAGCCACCCUUUAAAUUACAUUCAAUUCUAAGAUAACCCACAAUCUGUUUAGCAUUUUAUAGUAAGCUUGAAGUUCCUAAAUUACUAUUAAGAAUUGUAAAUUUGUCUAAUAAACUGUAUCUACAAAUCUUAAUGUUUGCUGUAUUA